GGGAAGGGAGGGAUUGGGACACAAACAAAUGUCCACGGGUUUGCUGUCGGGGUGCGUUACAGAUAACCGUGACAUGUCAGGUCGGUUUGACAGGUAACUUCGCGACAUUAGAAACAUGUGGCUCAAACCCGAAGAGAUCCUGCUGAAAAACGCGUUUAAAUUAUGGGUCACCGAGAAGGAUAACGAGUAUUUCGUGCUGCAGAGGAGACGAGGGUACGGAGAAGGUGGUGGCGGUUUGACAGGCCUCCUUGUGGGAACCCUGGAUACCGUGUUGGACUCCACUUCCAAAGUUGCACCUUAUCGCAUUUUGCACCACACGCCAGACUCACAAGUGUAUUGGUCAAUAGCAUGUGGUGUCACCAAAGAGGAGAUUGUUCAGCACUGGGACUGGCUGCAGCAGAACAUCAUGAGGACGCUCUCUGUUUUUGACUCCAGCGAAGACAUUACCAGCUUUGUACAGGGCAAGAUUAGAGGUCUUAUUGCUGAAGAGGGGAAGACGUGCUUAGUGCAGGAGGACGAUCCUGAGAAGUUCCGAGAAGCCCACUUGAGGUUUGAAAAGUGGUUCGAGCUGCCACCGGAGGAAAAGCUGGUCACAUAUUACUCAUGCAGCUACUGGAAAGGCAAAGUACCCUGUCAGGGCUGGCUCUACCUCAGCACAAACUUCCUGUGCUUCUAUUCAUACCUUCUGGGAGCUGAGGUUAAACUGGUCAUCUCCUGGGAUGAGAUCUGGAGGCUUGAGAAAACCUCUAAUGUUAUUCUGACUGAGAGCAUCCAUGUUUUGGCUCACGGAGAGGACCACUACUUCUCCAUGCUGCUGCACCUGAACGAGACGUUCGUUAUCAUGGAAAAGUUGGCCGACUACUCCAUCAAACGCCUUUUUGAUAAAGAGUCCUUCCAGAGAGAGCCAGCACUGUCCGACCCCCUGCAGAUUACCAAGAGAGGCCUCGAAGCUCAUGCAAAGAGUGAGCAGUUCAGGACAUUUUUCAGGCUUCCCAAAGAGGAAAACCUGUUAGAGGUGCAUGAGAGUUUCUUGUGGGUUCCCUUCAGCCAUUUUAACACACUCGGCAAGAUCUGUCUGUCUGAGAACUACCUGUGUUUUGCCAGUCAGGAUGGAAGCCAGUGCCAUGUUAUCAUUCCAAUGCGAGAGGUUGUUAAUGUUGAGAAACCAGAUUCCAGCAGCCGAGCGUUAACGGUGUGCGUGCGUGGCAAGAGGGCGCUGCGUUUCUCUGAGGUGCGGGACUAUCAGCGGCUUGCAAACACAAUCCGUAGCAGGUGCGGGAUUAGCGCCAGCCCGCAGCACUCUGCUUCAUCAGAGGCCAUACGAGGUGAAUGUCAGUCUCUCAUAAACCACUUCGAGGACAAUCCAGAGGACGUAACUCUAAUGGUGGGGCAGAAAGGCAGCAGCAAGGCUGUGAGCACCGAGGCUCUCAUGACUGUUUUCCACCCGCAGGAUGUUGAAAACCUUGAUCCCAAAAUGCUUAAAGAGAAGAUGAAGGAGCAGUCUUGGAACAUCCAUUUCUCUGAAUAUGGGCGCGGUACGAGUAUGUUCUUCACCAGGAAGACACGGGAUUUGAUUGUUCGCGGCGUUCCCGAGGCCUUGAGAGGAGAGCUGUGGAUGCUUUUCUCAGGGGCUGUAAAUGACAUGGCCACUCACCCCGGCUAUUACACUGAGCUCGUUGAACAGUCUCUGGGCACAAGCACUCUGGCUACAGAUGAGAUUGAAAGAGACCUGCACCGCUCUCUCCCUGAGCACCCGGCCUUUCAGAGCGACACAGGAAUCUCAGCUUUACGCAGAGUCCUUACCGCAUAUGCCUACAGGAACCCUAAAAUUGGAUACUGCCAGGCUAUGAACAUUCUCACCUCAGUUCUCCUGCUGUAUGCAAAAGAAGAGGAGGCUUUCUGGCUGUUGGUAGCCGUCUGUGAGAGGAUGCUGCCGGAUUACUUUAAUCGCCGAAUUAUUGGUGCUUUGGUUGACCAGGCUGUGUUCGAGGAUCUGAUUCGAGAAAACCUCCCCCAGCUGGUGGAACACAUGACAGACCUGAGUUUCUUCUCGUCUGUGUCUUUGUCCUGGUUCCUCACGCUUUUCAUCAGCGUCCUGCCCAUAGAGAGUGCUGUGAACGUGGUGGACUGUUUUUUUUACGAUGGCAUCAAAGCCAUCCUACAGCUGGGCCUGGCCGUGCUGGACUACAACAUGGAGGCUCUGAUCAGCUGCCACGACGAUGCAGAAGCUGUCACCAUCCUCAACAAGUUCUUUGAUAGUGUGACAAACAAAGACAGCCCAUUGCCUCCAACAGUGCAGCAGGCUUCAGUGGGCAGUAAUGAUAAAGCAUCUCACGUCAGUGUAGAUAUCAGUGAGCUGAUCCGAGAGGCCUAUGAGAAAUAUGGAAAUAUCCGUUCAGAGGAAGUUGAGAGUUCACGGAAAAGGAACAAACUGUAUGUGAUCCAAACACUGGAGGACACAACCAAGCAAAAUGUGAUCCGGGUGGUGUCACAGGAAGUCAGAUUCAGUGCCUCACAACUUGACGAACUUUAUAAUUUAUUCAAAAGGCAACAUUUCCUCAACUGCUACUGGACAAUGAACAGUCCGGCUCUGCUCCAUCAUGACCCCAGUCUGGCCUAUUUGGAGCAGUACCAGCUGGGUUUCCACCAGUUCAGCAUGAUCUUCUCCCUCCUGGAGCCCUGGGCUUUUUGCACUAUCAAGAGCACGCUCUCCCUCUGGGUCUUCCGCCUGAUAGAUGAGAACCAGGAUGGUCUCAUUAACUUCAAAGAAUUCUGCUGUGCCCUUGAUACUUUAUACGGUGGAUCUUUCACAAAUAAGUUGAAGUUUCUCUUCAAGCUGCACCUGCCACCAGCCUUCACAGGUAGCCCUUUGCACUUAAAGGAACAAAGAAUCCAGCACUUUAUUCCAGUGACUGAAGACUCUUCUCACUUGAAUAGACUCACUGCCUUUGAUCUUCCAGAAGAUGGUGUGAUAAGGAAAAGCCCGGAAAGAGGAAGAGGAAAGGUUGACCUGCAGGCCUACCUGAAACAAUGGCAAAAUGAAAUAUUGAAGAAGGAGGAAACCAUCAAGGACCUGCCUAGGAUUAAUCAGACUCAGUUCAUCCAGUUCUCCAAGACUCUGUACAACAUUUUUCACGGUGAUCCCGAGGAGGAGUCGCUGUACCGGGCCGUGGCUCACGUGACCAGCCUCCUCCUGAGGAUGGAAGAGGUGGGGCGGAGGCUGCAGGAGCCGAGUAGCCUGCCCGAGUCCAAAAAGCCUGCUGACACCACUGCUGGAGAGGAGUCUUCAACCGAAGAGUCCUCCACAACCCCGGAGAGCUCGGACACCUCUAGCUCCCACAACAGUCAGGACCUCUCAGAGACGGAGUGGUCAUUUUCCUUCGAGCAGGUCCUAGCAUCCCUGCUCAAUGAACCGGCCAUCGUCAGCUUCUUUGAAAGGCCUGUCGACAUUCAGACGAAACUGGGACAGGCUAAGGUUGCUCAGCUGAAGUUAAAGACAAAGUGAAAGAUGCAAAAGAAGUAAACUGACACUUUACUUAUGAUUCAAAUGUAGAAGUUUUCAUGAAUUUCCUUUCUCCAGAUGAAUAAGACAGUGGGACAUACAGUGAGAUUACUCUCUACUAUUGCUAUCAUACAUGAAGAGGCACCCUCAGAGACCUGUUUGUCAAGCAGAUGAUAAACAAAAUCAGUGACUGAUGAAACGUGAGAAUCAGUGUCUUUGAGACACUGUAAACACUAUACUGUAACAGUUCUGUGAUCUGCAGCACAUUUUCAUGUUCAGCCUCAUUAGUUUUCAGCUGUGGUAAUGAAAUGCACUCUCACAGCCACAGUUUCUUCAGAUUUUCUGUUAUAGUGUAGAAUCUUUCACUAAUCUCCAGUAACACCAGAGAGAGGGUUGUUCUUUUCCUUGCCUCUUUAGUCCACCUCCAUAAUAAAUGACUUAAACAACAUGACAGAGUCAGCAAGAGGAUUCUCCAGUGGAUAUCUUCAUGUAUAUUCCCUUUCAGAUUAGCUGUCACUGCUGUAAAGUGAAACUUUCUGUAAAUGCUAGUGUGUCCUAAUGCUGUGUGUUUUCCUCUAAACGUAGAUUACGGGAAAGUGCAGCUUUUUGGUAAUACAGACAUGAAUCAAACAGUGCUACAGCGAGUUAAGGACUAGUGGUGGUGUUGUUCUUGGUAGCCACGAAUCGAACUCGCCCGUUAUCUGAGUGAAGAUCCCAGAUGCAUUUUGUCGGGAACAUGAAAGGUUACACUGCAGUUAAGAUGCAUUUGCAAUAACAUACAAAGGAGGAUGCUGAACUGCCACAGCACAUUCAUGUGUGACUCUCCUCCAGUAACCGCACACAAAAUGGUAAACGUGUGUGAGGGUGAAUUCAUGUGGGUCAUACUUGAAAUCCAUGUAGAGGGAAAAAUCCACCUUGCAGCUGCAGGUGCGUCAUCUGCCUCCUCUAAAAGUGUCUGAAAUUCACAGCAUUAUUGAUUAAUGUGUUGUUUGCUUGUGUCCGUAUAUGUAGGAUGUUACGCUCUUGUAAGUGCAGCAUUGUGCACAUAAAGGUCAGUUCAAUAGGCGCUUGAUUAUUGUAUAUAUGAGGUUUGAAUGAAAAUCUAAUAUAGACGCUUAUAGACUGUUGUGGACACCUUAAACCUUUUGAAGGACAUUUUGUGUUAUCAAAUCUCAGGGUGACAUUUGUGUCAAAUGAAAGGAAGGAAAGGGAUAUUUUUUCAACCUGGGACAUUUAAAGAAUGAGUGAUACACAGAUUGCAUCUUCUCUGUAACAUUAAAAAAUAGAGCAUGUGUAGCAUACGUAUUGGAUUUGCCACAUUAUGCCAGCCUCUGACAAACAGCCAUUACUGCUUGCUACAGAAAAAAAGCAUUGCAAUUAUUAUUUUCAAUUUUCUGCUGCUUCUCUUUGUUACUGCCCCACUUUGUGAAGAAUUUACACUCGUUUGAGAUUCACAAGCUGUGGAUACGGCUGUGUUUUCGGCCAAGUUUCCAAAGCGUGGGUUCAGAAAGGUCCUAACCGCUUCAGCUGCAGCUCAUCGUCUCCAGGGGCCAAAGUCACACGUUUUUAAAGCUUUAUUUCUGCCUGUGUGCUUUAGAUGCUUCUUAAGUGCAGCUCCAGUCCUCUGUUUGCUACAUUUUAGGUUUUGCCAUAUGUUGGGAAAGAUCUAUUUUCCUGAUUAAGUGCUUGUUUUUCAUUUACUUAGAACUUAGGGACCAAUCAUAAGUGCUUUUUGUGUAAUAAUUGGGUUAAUUUGACAUACUUUGACAUACAACUUUUAUCAACAUAAACCUUUAUAUUGAUAAAAGAAGUUGUACAAACUGAGAAUAAGCAUUUCUAAUUGGAACUGAAAAGAUAAAAACAGUAAAAAUCACUUUUUACAGGACCAGUGCAGAGAUGAUAUCAUAAUACACGCCACUGAUAUUCAAUCCAAAGCUUGAUGAGUGACCUCAGCACUGAACACAGAGCUGAAACAGCACUGACAGUUUCAGCCUGACGCUUCAGAAACUGAGGAACUGAUCACAGUACGAUGAUUCAAAUCAGCCACUCGAUUCAUUAUUUAUAACAGUCACAUCUGACCCGACGCUUCAAUCUGACAGUUUGCCUGCAAUUUAAUGUAAAAGGAUCUCUGUGGGUUAUGAGUUAUUGCAUGCUUUAUCAAUUUCUGAUUACUUGAUGGAUCGUUAAAGAUUAGUGAUGGAAAAAAGUGAAGUUUGCAUUCAAGAAUUAUUUUGUUCUUUUUGCCAGAUCAGUGGCUAAGAGAAGACAAACUUAACAUAACCAUAUUUAUUCAGGCAUCACUUCUGGAAACUGAUGGUGACAGUGAUUUUUAGUUUGUGGUUUUACUUUUGGUGGGAAAAUAAAGGAGAGUCCACGAUUUGGGAGGAAAGAAAAUCAGUGGGUUGGAAAUCUUUAUUCCUCUGGUAUGCUGGCAGGUCUCCCAUUAAGCAUGAGUGUAUACAGCUGGCAUGGCUAAUGCUCCAGCUGCUGCUGAAUAAUUAUGGUUAACCAAAUCCUCAUAGUCUACAGCUUUUGUUGUUUAUGGCUUUUAACUGAAUGUUUGAUUUGCACAAUAUCUGAUGCUGAGAUAUUUCUGUUUACUUGCCUGAUUAUAUUUUUUUUAUUCUCAUGCAAAUGUAUUAGAAUAAAGAGUAAAGAUUCUAUGAAUGAUCA